AUGUUCCUGCCUCCACCAAGGAUGAGCUUAUGCCUCCCACCCAGGCCCCAGGGACCCAGCAGCCGCGAGGAAUGGGGGAAACAAAUCCUGAAGGAACUAGAUGAGUAUUAUGAGAAGUUUAAAUGGGAGACGGACAGCAACCAGAAGAGGAGAGCGUGGCACUGCAUGAGAGCCCUGAUCCGGAGCCAGGAGCUGGGCGACGAGAAGAUCCAGAUUGUGAGGCAGAUGGUGGAGCUGGUGGAGAUCAGGGCCAGGCAGGUGGACAGUCACGUGGAACUCUUUGAGGCACACCAACAGGUCAAUGAUACCACUGGCCACAGUGGCAAAGCUGGCCAGGUUGAGUCCAAGAAUGAGACAAUCACACAGGCAGAAAAGCCAAAUAACAAGAGGUCUCAGAGACAGCACAACAAUGAAAAUCGGGAGAAUGCAGCCAAUAGUCACGGCCAUGAUGACAUCACUUCAGGAACGCCUAAGGAGAAGAAAGCAAGAAACUCUACUAAGAAGGAGGAAGAGCCAAUGCUGAGAGAAGAUGAAGGAUCACUGCAGGCAGCCAUCAUCCGUGGAGAUGGAUGCCGAGAGCAUUACAUUAUUGUGCUAGUAACGUAA